UGCUUGUUAUGUUCAUCAACCCCACUCUCUCAAAUUAAAACUAACCGGCUGGACAAGAGUAAGAGCUGAGAAGAAGGGUAGCACCACUAAUGGCAACAACAAUAGCUGGUGUGAGCCUAUCUUCCACCACAGGAGUGGUGGCUAAGGCAGAUUCACACAACAAGACCCAGAAGAUAGGCAGUUCCCCAUGUCUCGUGAGCCUCCACCCAUGGAGGAUGAACAUGAACAUGAAACGGCAACAAAACUUGGGAGGGAGAGGAGGUGGUCGCAUGUACACGAGGAAUGCUCCAGAAAAGAUAUCGGAGAGGGUGACAGAGAGCAUAAAGGGAGCAGAGGAGGCGUGUGCAGGUGACCCAAUGAGCGGGGAGUGUGCAGCGGCGUGGGAUGAGGUGGAAGAGGUGAGUGCAGCAGCCAGCCAUGCUAGACAAAAGAAGAAGGACACCGACCCACUGGAGGCCUACUGCAAGGACAACCCUGCGACCGAUGAAUGCCGCACCUAUGAGGAUUGAGGCCCUGUUAUUAAUUCAUAGUAUACUCUAUUGCCAUGCAUCCUCUUUAAUACUUUAAGCUGUUUUACUCUAUCCUUAUUUGUAGAUUUGCAGUUCUUUCUUUUUAAAUUAUUUUCAGGUCUUAUAACGAAGAAAGAGAAACUCAAAACUCUGAAUAUAUAAAGUUGGAUGUAGACUGGUUCGAUGUAAUAUAUAGACACUGUCACAUUCCAUAGCCA